AUGACUUUCACCAGGGUGCUGCAUCUUGCAGCUCUUUUACUCAUGCAAGGGGAUUUUCCAGGAGUUGACAGUGAAAUCGUAACUCUAAAGGAAGGCGAGGACUUAUAUCUCCAUUGCAGUCUUGGCAGUAACGACAGUUCUGCCCGGCAGUGGUUAAACCCUCACGGGUUUGCCAUUUUUCUGAACACCCAGCGGGGGUUAAAGGAUCAAAGGUACACACUUAUCCAUUAUUCAAAGGAUGAAUUAUCUAUACGACUGUCUAACGUAACAGUGCAUGAUGAAGGCGUGUAUAAAUGCUUCUACUACGGCACCCUGUUCAAAACCAAGAACAAAACUGUUGAGGUGUUAGCUGCUCCUUCCAAACCAGUAGUGGAAGCAUCUCAAGAUACAGAAAAAAGCAUUACACUGUCUUGCUGCACCAAAGGAAGUAAACCACGGCCCCAGAUUACCUGGCUGUUGGACAACGGGAUAGAGCUUCCUGGUGACACGAAGCACAAGUUAGAAGCUGAUGGGAAGAAAUGGACCACAACCAGCACGCUGACAGUCCUUGCAUACCGGCCCAAUUCAACAUCCAGUUGCAUUGUUCACCACAAACUGCUAAGAGAAGAGAAACUGACGGCAUCCUUCCGGUUUGAGAGCUUCGCUAGGCCUGUGACAACUACAAAUCCUGCUCCAACUGCACUAGAUGUAGAUAGACACAUCUCCAAGAAUGAGCACUCAACAGUGACUACAGCAAAGUCAGAUCUGAACAGCAGUCCAGUCUUUUCUCUAAGCUACCCACAAUACAAUGGGUCAGAAAUAACAUCAGCUGCAGUAGGAGAUGAAGAAUUCUCUGGUACUUCAAGUUACGACGUCCUCAAUGGGACUGAAACAGCAUUCAAUGGAACAGUCACAGAAGAACCAUACAGGACAGAAGCCUCACCAUCAAGUGAAAACGUAACAACUGUGAUUGCCACCACCGCCUUCAAGCAAGAUCUGAAAUUUGAAGGCAUCAAAAAGAAGAAUCUUCUGCUGCCCAUCUUGGUGGCUGCUCUAAUUUUUGUGCUGCUCAUCAUAGUCUUGCUUUUUCUGAGGAAGCUGAAAAAAGCUCAUGGAUUGUGGAAGAGAGAAAAUGAUACUUCAGAGCAGACGCUGGAGAGUUAUAAAUCCAGAUCUAAUGAAGAUAAUCCAGGCCAUGAGAAGAAUGGGCAAGUUGUCACUCAGAAGUCCAAUGUGCAAUAUUUGACAGACGGAUAUGUGGAAACAACACAGAAGAAUCUGAGAGACAAAAACUCUGCAAUAGCUGAGAAACUGUUUGCAUGUGGAAAGGAAACUGAUGUAUAGCACUGUGCUAAAUCUGGCAAACCUAUGCUAUGUACAGAGCCACUAUUUUUUUCUGAUAUUGAUAUUACAAUGUUCGGCUGUCAAUACAAUUUCUAGGAGCAGAAGUGCAAAUGGCUAGUCUCAAUCCGAAUUGGACCACUUUCUUUUAAACAGUAGCAGAGUAGAUGGGAGAAGUGCUCCUACACAUCUAUUAGCAAUGUAUGCUCUGAUAUACCUGUAAUCAUCAGAGGAUUUAAUGAGCAGCUGCCAGAAAUAGAGCUCAUCGAUCCUACCACAAGUCUUAGCAGAAAUUAUGGUCCUGGCAAUGGAAUACGCAACAAGCCCUGAAGACCGCAAGAUACAACAACAUUCAUGUAACGCUUCUGCCACCUCCUUUGCAAACACAGGACUAAACAGGAAACCCUGGGAGGUGCAAAUCAAUUCUGACUUCUAUUACCUCAUCCUGAUUACCAAAACUGGAUAUCCAGCUAUAUUUAACCAAGCAGGAAAAUAUCCCGAUGUCAAAGGGGCUAAAAAACAGUUGUCCCCCUUGCCAUGACUUCUGCCUCAGUUGUUCACCCACUGAACAGUAACAUCACUCCCUGCUUUGCAAGACCGAGUUGGCACUGGUUUGUAAGCCGCUUUGUAGCCAAAGCAUUUCGGUACUACACCUGCACAGUCUUUCACGUUGCAUAAGCUUCCAGAGAUAUUACUGGAAUAAUAUCUCAAAUAUCACAUUACUGGGAAUAAAGAGAUAUUAAUACUGGGAUAUAUAUAAUUCUGGGAUAUUACUGGGAAUAAAGUCUCAGAACAAGGAGGUUAGCAAAGGUGAAAAGGAAGUACAGUAUUACACAUGGGACUACCAAAAUCCAGGGAGCAACUCACUUGGGAGUGAGGUGGUUUUUUGUUUUGUUUUUAGAGGAACCACAUUUUGUGGUUCUCCAAAACAAAACUGAACUCCUAAAAUACAUGAGACUUACUUUCCUCUACAAAAGAAAGCUGUAUACAUUUUUCUUAUGAGAGAUGAUUAUUUCUCAUCACAAGCAAGAAAAAUACUGAACACUGUCUUGAAUUACAAUGCACAUCUUCGAGAGACAACUAGGAACAAUUUCAUUUUUACAUGGAAGUGAUUUCCUUCUGACACAUGGGUAAUAUCAAUACAACACUGCCAGUCCACAGCCUUUUUUCAUGUUGUUUUAACAAUAAAACUUGUAUUAUUUAAUACCUACAUAAGCCUCAGCAUAAAACAUCCCAACUUCUUCUACACUCAGCGUGCAAGGUUUGUUUAGUGAGGACAGGUAUUCAUGGACAAAUAUAUUUUGUACUAUUAAAUAUGUCAUAUGAAAAUGCAAACUGAUGUGGCAGCUCCUCUAACACAUAUUUCUGCAACUUAAAAGGCAGAACUAUGUCUAGAAAAGAGUGUAAGAUAGGGCUCUUUGGCAGCAAGGUCUUUGAACAAGUAGAUGGUUAAAAAGCAACUGCAAGCAUUCACAGUGCCUUUACGUGUGUUAAAUGUACAAAGAAAGUACAAGUAACUCCUAUACAGAAGUGUAAAAAAACAUACGUAAUCUUUUUAUCUUUCAAGGAAGAUUAAAGCUAACAUCAACUGAGAAUUUUUUUCUACCAGCCCACAUCCAGCACUUUUAUCAAUAUUACAAAUUUUCAUGCCUGUUGCAUGCCCUGAAUUUUUGAUCAGAUCUGCCACUUAAAUAUUGAAACUUGUAUGUUUCAAUAGUGACCAUUUUAUCAGUCUUUCCUAAGACUGCAACUGUAGAUUUAAUAAACCAGCCUGAAAUUAUCAUAAUGUACUUCCCUGUUUAUUUUGUCCCUCACAGGAUAAUCUGAUGGUGCCAUGUUACACAGCACGAAAAAGUACACUGAUCAACAUAAAGCAAAAAAAAAAAAAACUAACAGAAUAAUAAAGGAGAGAAAGGCAUUUU